UUUCUGGAAAGUGAAUUGUGGGUGAUGUAUGACGUCAUGACAAGUUAUCCAAAAGGGCAUCCCCCAUUUUUAGCAACUGCUCGUCACGUCCCUGUCAUGUCUUUUGUCGCCGCAACUUUAGCCUCAAACUGCAAGAAAAACAGCCUGGAUCUUCGCUAACCAGACGUAGCCGCUACCAAACCAUGAUUCCAGCCCACAGCCACCGAAACUGCUGACUCCCAUUCGGUGUUUUUUGAAAGUUUGGAACCAAAUAUUCGGAACACACCCCCGUCUUGGUGUUGCAUGUUGAUACCAUUUUUGGAAGUCCCUCAAACCGGCGUGCUUCUUCUUUUGCCGACGCUACGUCGUCUCUUAACGUGUUUUAAAUUCUACCAAGCCCAUUUUUCUGCAAUUCUAAUUUUCAAUGUCUAAGAAGAUGGCUAGGGGUGAAGAAAGCCAAUCUCCCCCCAAGAAGAUUUCAUCAGAAACUCCCAAGCGCCCUGAAGUUCCGAAGCGUCCAAAGUGGCUAAGCAAUCUCAGCAAAGAACGGAAGAAACCUACUAAAGAUUCUGAACCGUUGUCUUCAAGUUCAAAAUCGUCAGCCAAUAGCAGUGAUACCAAAGAUACUUACGUCAGUUACAAUAGAAUUGAACUUGCCAAAGUAGACAAGAAACCAGGGAAAUUUCGGGACAAGAACCAAAAAGGAUCAAAAGUCGGAAAUCAAAGUACCGGGAAAGAAAAAAAGGCGGAAUCGGAAAAGAGGGAUCUUUCCUCGGCGAAAGGUCAGGGUCACGGUAUACACAAGCCAUGGAAUAGCUCCACUAGACUUGACAAUCCUAGACGUCGUUCAGACAGUCACACAUCUACAGAUAGCUCCAGGUCUGGGGACAAGAGAGCCAAUAGAUUUAGGUCUGAUUCUGACUUUAGGCUAGAAAAGACGCCUCGUAGCCAACCCAAAAAAUCCACCAGCAAGGAAAGCCUCUCUGACUCCCGAAAAAGUAGCAAACAAAGGCGAGAAACAGACAGUCCCUCUCGAAGGGAAACACAAAAGUUUUACACAGCUAAGAAAAAAGAUGAUCCUCAUAACAGAGAAGAAAAUAAAACCAAGGAGGUGUCUACCAAGGCACCGAACAAGUGUGAAGAAGAGAUAGAUUUUAAUGAGAAGGAGAACACUCCAGAACAACCUAGUAAGUCAUGGUACGAAGAGGAGCCCCAAGGACUGGAAGAGCUGCAGUACCCCAUGGGAGAUGAUAGGGGGAGUCAGAAGGGAAAGGCUCACCACUGGGGAGACAUGCCUACAGACAAACACAGGGACAACUACAGGAAACCAAGGAAGUACAUUCAAGAAGACUCUGUUGAAGUACGGAAGAACAUCAGGCCAGGCAGAGGCAGUCGCGGCCGCGGUGCGAUGGUAAGCAGCGAGAGCCAAGAGAGUAUCUCGUCUCGUAGCUCUAUGCACUCACAGUCACAGCGAGCACAGCGAGACCACAGGAAAGGACAUUACGACAACAGACAGAGGGACAACAGGCAGACAUCACGUCAGAGUUCUGUCGAUUCGUUAGAUAGGUAUGCAAGGGCUCCAGGUUCCAAGCCAAACUCUCGACCCCCCUCCCGACCUCAGUCCCGGAACGGCCCCCCACAAGACUACUACUACGAUGACAAUCAUACCUGGGGAUCCCCAUCUCGACCCCACUCGCGAAACGGCCCUCUCCAACACUAUAACACGGAUAACAGGAAAUCUCACUACCGAGGCCCACCCAGUCGACCAAUCUCCCGCCAAGGCUCCAUAGAGUCAGUAGACAGCUACCCUCAGCCGUCAUCUCGGCCCAACUCCAGGCCACCAUCACGAAACGGGCCGCCUCAGUUCUGGGAGAACAACCGGAAAAAGGGUCCACCGAGCAGGCCGUUGUCACGACAAGGUUCUAUCGAGUCUCUGGAUAGCUUCGGCCCGUCUUCCCGCCCAUCCUCACGCCCCUCGUCACGCCCUCCAUCUCGUCCGCCUUCUCGUAAUGGCCCACCACUCCCGUACGCCGCCGAUCUCAACUGGCCCAGGUUUAACUACCCAGAAUCUGUGGGAAGCUCGUCUCGGCGCUCGUCGGAAGUCGACUCCGACGACGACUUCACCUUCCCGUCGGGUGAGUUCUGGAGCACGUUUCCUCAGCGCGCCUCCGUGGAGAACUGGAGCACGUGGGACACGGUCGCCGACCAGCUCCCCACCGACCCCAGGAACUCCAACAGCCUGCCCAGGAAGCUGUCGUCUGACCUGCAGAGGGAACUGGCACGGCAGACCGCCAAGGAACACCGGCCCAAGUUUGGACGGAGAGACUCCAUCGAGUCUUGGGAUGGGUUCCCGCGGAGGACGUCCUUCCAGGAUGACAGGAUGUACCUGUCUCAGCCGGAGGACUCGGGAUCUGCAAGAAGUCGCAGUGGCCAACAAGGACAGGGUCCAUUUGGACAUCAGAACCCAAACAUGGGCUACUCUAGUGCCUCUGAACUGUCACAGGAUGGUGAUUUUAAGCUGAACGGCCCUCCCAGUGACACAGAAGUCCAGCUCCGCAGCCGUCUGGACGAUGUGCUGGAUGGUAGUCUAUCAUCAGGCUCCAUGAGCCCCAUACCAGAGUCAGACGUCGCAGAAUUCCCGUCUCCUGAGCCAACAACAGCAAAAGAGAAGCAAGGAGAAAAUGUGAAAGAAAAGACAGAUUCUACAGUUGUACCCAACAAGACUCAACACAAGCCCAGCAGUGUGUCUACAUCAAUACACCAUCCACUACAGUAUACAUGGAGGUUCUGGUACGAUCGGAGGGAAAACAAGUCCAUGAGGAUGAAGUCAGAUUUCACCAACUACAACGAAAAUCUGUUAGAAAUAUCUACUGUGGAAACAAUUGAAGGCUUCUGGCAGGUGUACAACCACCUGGCACCUGCACAUCAUCUGGACAACAAUGCCAACUAUCACUUCUUCAGGGUUGGGAUCAUGCCCAUGUGGGAAGACGAUGCCAACAAACAGGGAGGCAAGUGGGUCAUCACUAUCAGGAACGACAUGGACUUUGUAGCCAGUCUGUGGCUGGAAAUGCUUCUUGCAUUGAUAGGAGAUGAGUUGGCCUUCUCUGAUGAAAUCUGUGGUGCAGUUGUGUCCAAGAGGAAACGAGGAGACAGAAUUGCCAUUUGGACACGUGAUAAAGAAAAUGUCCUGGCAAACUACGCAAUCUGCAAGAACAUCCUGUUUGUGAUAGCGUAUGCCAGGGGUGUGUCCUCGGAGAAACUCCUGCCGUUCUUUGAGACGUUUGCUCAGAAGGAGAAGUCUUCCAUUGAGUACUUACAUCACCAGGACUCCCUGCGUACCGGACAGUCUUACACAACUGCUGCUCACCUGACAGCACAUGCUGUCCUAAAGGGUUUUUCUAAGGCAAUGAUAUUGCCCCCGUUCUGGCAGGGUAUGCCAGACAACAUGGAUGUCGACAAUAGAGUAACUCUCCAAACUGUCCAGAAAGCUGCGAACACACUCUCAGGUCAUGUGGUGAUGACACCGGUACAGACAUGCGACACUCUGGAUUUGCUGUCAGGACGAAAACUCUUCUUUAAGUGCGAGAAUUUCCAAAAAUCAGGGUCCUUCAAGUUCCGUGGAGCGUUUAACGCUGUGUCCAGGCUGGUCAGUUCAAAUGGAACAGCUCCACACCAGCUACAGGUGGUCGGGAGCAGCACCGGGAACUACGCGUGCGGACUGGCCAUGGCCGCCGAGCACCACGGAGUUGCUGCCAACGUGGUCAUGCCACACAACGCCCCGGAGUGCAAGAAAAGAACGGUGCUAUCGUAUGGUGCCAAGAUUACACAAUGCGAGCCGGCUGCAGAGGCCAUAGCCCAAACCGUGAAACAGGUGCAAGAUGUGACAGGGGCUGUCUUCAUUUCCGGUGGCAAUAGCUCUGACGUCAUUUCUGGACAUGGAACUAUGGGAUUGGAACUUCUUCAACAGGUGCCAAACAUAGAUGCGGUCGUCAUGCCGGUUGGUACCGGGGGUAUGCUGGCCGGUGUGUCCGUGGUUCUCAAGUCCGUCUGCCCUGACGUCUGUAUCUACGGAGCUGAGCCGGAGGUUGCGAAUGACGCUGCCCUGUCCCUCAGCAAGGGAGAGCGGUGCAGCUUCUCCCGUUUCCCGCAGAGUGUAGCUGACGGCCUCAACGGGAACAUCGGUCCGGUUCCGUGGACAUACAUCAGGGACAACGUCGACGACAUUUUCACUGUUUCAGAGGAUGAAAUCAAGCAUGCCAUGCGGCUGGUGUGGGAGAAGAUGAAGCUGGUGGUGGAGCCGUCAGGCGCGGUGGGCGUGGCCGCCGUGCUGAGUGACAGCUUCAAGGCACGGGCCGGAGGCUGUAGGAACGUCGCCGUCAUCCUGUCAGGCGGGAACGUGGAUCUCCAGAAACUGUCCGAGUUAUUGGCCAUGCCCCAAUAGAGGGGCUAAAGUUA